UUCACACGUACUACAGCAAUGGUUGGUCUUUCUCAGUGGAGAGCUGCCAUUGGUCUUUGGCACUGUCGUUUAUGUAGCACUAGUCACCAAACAGGGUCACUAAAGCCAUGUAGCCAUCAGUCUGGUGUACCCGACCCUCCAGAUGAUGAUUGUCACUGGAUGAGUAACAAAACUGCUGCGUUUAGUACUAAUAGUGUGAAUUGGGCGUGGCUGGUUACUGCUCUUGGAUUGUCUUGUUUUCUUAUUGUAUUUUUAUUAUUUCAGUUGAUCCUUCUCCUAUCAGGAGAUGUGGAACUGAAUCCUGGUCCUAUCACUAUUGAACAAGUUUGUAAGCUGAUUGAGGAGUCCCUCCGUACGCAUUCUGAUGAAUUAGAGAAAGCAUCAAAUUACUACAUGAAAGAAGCGAUUGCUCAGAUCUUUGCCAUUAGCUUAAUAUCUCAAGCAGUUCCAUUAACAUUCAAUGGCAUUGUUGAUGAGCUAAUGGCUGACCUGUAUUCAAUACAAGAUGUAUCACAGUUGAUGGACCAUUAUGAGUUAUUUCUUGGUUGUAUUUUAUCUCAAGGUGGAGCCUGUGAAGGUGUCCAUAGUCAAUUAGCAGCAGAAUGGUUCAGUAUUAAACUUCAAUUAGAAGAAGUGUCUGUAGACUCUUCACAUGAAGUUGUUUCCUCUGAUACCAAUAAAAUUCAAGCCGAGAGCAAUAGAACAAUGCCAGAGCAACAUCCUUUGUCAAUUUCAUUGCAAAAAAAAAUUUCCCAGCCAGAGCCUAUGUCUCCUCAUAGCAAUGAAACUGGUUCAUCAAUAGAAAGAGGUAAAAAAUGA